AUGUCCGCCCCUGCAACGAGGUUCGCAGUGUCACCAUUCCCAGAAAGGACUCCUCAAUCUCGAACGAUUCGUACCGCAGCAUGUUUAAUUAUUGGAGACGAAAUUUUGAAUGGAAAGACUCAAGAUACAAACUCACACUAUUUCGCCAAAUUUUGUUUUGGCCUUGGGAUCGAUCUGAAGCGUAUCGAGGUCAUAGCUGAUGACGAAAAAGAGAUCAUCGAAGCAAGUCGGCGGCUUGUGUCCCAAUUCGACUUGGUCGUCACGUCUGGAGGCAUCGGGCCAACGCAUGAUGACAUCACCUAUGAAUCAUUGGCCAAAGCCUUUGGACAGGAAUUGAAGUAUCACGAAGAAACUCAGCAUCGAAUGGGGGAGAUGAGCAAACAUCGAUCGGAUCUCGAUAACCAAACCGAAGCGCAGAAUAUAGCUCGAUUGCGAAUGACUCUCUUCCCUGCUGACGCUGAAGUGUUAUUCGUUGCUGAAGAUUUAUGGGUGCCAGUCGUACGUCUAGAGAAGAAGCUCUGCAUAUUACCUGGCGUUCCUAGCAUCUUCAAACGAUUGCUCGAAGGACUCAAACCGUAUGCUCUCUUACCUGACUCUGCUGAUAAACUCUUCCGACUGCUUGUUCGCACGGAGAUGGCUGAAUCUCUUAUCGCACCGUUCUUAACGGACUUGUCGAUUCGUGUUAAGCCAGAAGGGAUUCGAAUUGGUUCAUACCCUGAGUUUCGGAAGAACGUUACAGUCUCCCUCGUGGGGAAGGAUGUUGAAAGGCUUAGGAGACUCGGAGAGGAGCAAGAAAUGCAUAGAAAUGGUCAUCUGCCCUGA